GGAUUCUCUAACCUUGACUUAGCCAGUACCACAGGCGAUUUUGCUUGUCCAACGCUGUCUUUUAACUUGCGCCAUCGAGUCAGGACGAGUCAGGACUGAGUCGCUAUUACUAACUGGCCUUCGACUUGCCUUGGUCGUAUAACUUCUCAACUAAUAAACCCCUUGAGGAAGUGGAAAGAUUUAAGCCAGGGACCACUCUUCUAACCCUUGAAAGAUUUCGAACCUGGGUUGCCAUUUACGGACUUGAAAAAAAAAGCGUUGCUUACCAUCUGGUGCGGUUCCCGGACCAAGAAGUGAUUUUUUGAAAAUCUCCUCGAAUUUGCAAGUGAGACUGAACAUAUUACCUCUCGAGAAUCGCCGAAACUAUAUCUAAACGGUAUUUUCCAUACUCCCAGCGAAGGUGCCGGACCGCCGCUUGGAAGGAGAGAGAUAGACGUUCGGGCUCACGGUCCUAUCGUAUAUCUCCCCCCCGGCUGCAUCCAUGCAAACUCUUAUUUAUCCUACUGAGCAGUCAAACCAUCCGCUCGGCCAGCGCCGAGGCUUCUUGAACCUGGCGAACUUCUCUCUAGACCUGUCCUGGGCCAGAGCAGAGACGGAUUGUGCUCUUAGCAGCACAAGGGCGUAUCCCUCUCCGCCCAUGUCAGGGUCUCCACCACCACUCCCGCCCAAACCAUACCCGGAGGUCGGUGAUCGAGCAGGCGAGUAUCGAGCAGCACCGCCACAGCCGUCCUUAUUACCCCAUACAACCAGUGCCACCAGACCAUACCCUCCAGAGGGUCCGGAGCGAAUGCAAUAUCCAUAUCACCGUCCCGAGGACACGAUGGGAAGACCGAUUUCCUACACGCAGCAGCCAGGCCCGAUGGUUCCCCAGCCGCAGUAUUCGCUUCCUCCUGUAGUUGGACCAAACAUAGGACCAUCAUCCUAUACGAUGCCGAGCAACCCGCAAGGCGCCGAAAAUCCUCCUUACACCUCUCCGAAAUCCCAGCGGAAAACUAAGGGGCACGUGGCUUCAGCUUGCGUGCCCUGCAAAAGAGCACAUUUGAGGUGCGAUGCCCAGCGGCCAUGUUCGCGGUGUUUGAGUAACGGUAAAGAAGACUCAUGUGUCGACGUCCAACAUAAGAAGCGCGGCCGACCUCGAUUACGCGAUGACAACCAACCCCGAUUUGAGACGGGGAGAUUCCCUCACCCAGGUGAUCCAGCAAUACGACGACCACUUUCCCUCUAUUCGCCGAUUAGCGCAGUCUCUGCCUCAUACGAAGACCCCCUCCGAAGAAACCACUCAUAUAGAGUAUUAAAAUCUCAACCGAGUGAUCCUGUUCCACCUAGGUUUAUCGAGCGUGGGUCAGCUUCAGAUGCAAAUAUCUUCCCCGCGCCCAUUUCCAUACCCCCUCGUGCCCAGGAGCCAGUGGCAUUUUUGACGACAGAUCUAGAGAUUAUGGGGGCGUCGGGAGCUUUUAUGGAAGCCCUAGGUGUUCGAUCAGUCAUGGGCCGCAGGUUGCUAGAUGUCGUCAGUCCAGGAGAGCGCGAUAGGGUCUUUGCACUUCAACGGUCUCUGCAGGACGAACAGGGGAAAAAGGAACCGAAUUAUCUCCCGCCAAUUUUCGGAAAAGAAGAGGCCGCGAGGGUGAUACAGGCAUUGCCGUUUAGUCCAGAGUCGAUAUCGAGGUUCCAGCUAGAUCGCCAGGAUUUCUUCAACUUCGUCGGGGGAGACAGACAGUUACGAUACUAUCCCAUCCGUGUCGGACUAGCGAAGGAGGACUCGAUAUACUUCGUCGUACUGCUUCUGUUAAACCGCCCAACCCAGUCGUUCCCUCACCCAUCACCUUCUCCCCAUGCCCGAGAGUUCCAAUACUCAUUUCAACAGCCAUAUGCUCAGUUGACUCCGGUUUCAAGUUCCUUCGACUCUGGACGGCCUCGAUACGGGGAAUCGUCUCGCGAGGGUGCUUAUACGCCACGGCAACCACCGACACCAACACCCGCCCCUAUAAUAUCCGGCCUUACACCUGGCAUCAACCCGAACGUUUCCCCUUAUUCCGCCUCUGGACCCUCGCGAAUCGAACCGCCCGCGGGUCCUUCGCAUCAAAUCCCUAGGAGCGAGCUCCCUGGUGUCAGACCUCCACAGCAAGUCGAAUAUCAACUACCUCCUAUCCGUGGCCAGAGUCAAGCUGGUCCCCCAGGGGAACUGUCUAGUUGGCAGCGGGAUGAUCGUUCGAGCCGCGUCGACAUCGGCGGAUUAAUAGAAAAGCCUGACCCUUCGCGACGAGGUCGGUAGUGGUUGAUUCAUACUAGGACGCCACAAAUCCUCUUCAUGAUAUCGUCUCUGAGUAGCUCCGGGCUCCCUUAUAGGCUUGAACGCCUUUGACAACCUGUCCGCUAGGUUAAUGUUUGAUACUACCACAACCUAUUCGCAGUCGAAUUGUAAAACUAUACCCUUUAUCGCGCAUUCCUCGUUUUCAGUCGCGCAGGAGAUACCAUGUACAACAUAAUGCAUCUUUCCAUCUUAG